AUGCCCAGGGAAACAGAAAGCGACGGGCAUAGUUCCGAGAAGUCGGCCCCGAAUCCCGCCUCUUCCGGAAGGUUCGGCUCGGCUCUCGACCCUGGCUUCACAGCACGUGUCAUCGCCGCCACCGGCCGAAAUGCCAACCCCCGCCUGGCCGAGAUCAUGCCCGCCCUCCUCCGUCACCUGCAUGACUUUGCUCGUGAGGUCGAGCUCACCGCCGAUGAGUGGAUGGCCGGCAUCCAGCUCCUCAACGAGGCCGGCCAGAUGAGCAACGACGCGCGCAACGAGACGCAACUCGUGUGCGACGUUCUCGGCCUCGAGUCCCUCGUCGACGAGAUCACCUCGGUCAAGCAAGGCCCAAGGCCCUCCUCUCCGCUCCAGACGCAGCCGCGAACCUCUGAUGCCCGAGGCGGUCCGAAGUGCACACCCAAGAAGACUCCGACGGCCGCGGCCCCGGCAACUCGACACCGUCCGCCAUCCUCGUACGAGCAGCAGGACCCGGCGCAGCCCGAGAUGCACCUCCGCGCCCGCCUCCCCACCGACCCGGACGGCCGCUUCGCCCUCUACUGCCUCCGCCCGCCGCCCUACCCCGUCCCCGACGACGGGCCCGCCGGCCGCCUGCUCGGCCUGCUCGACCGCCACCCCUUCCGCCCGGCCCACAUCCACUUCAUCGUCUCGUGUCCCGGCCGCCGCACGCUGACGACCCAGCUCUUCGAUGCCGAGGACCCCCACCUCGACGACGACACCGUCUUCGCCGUCAAGGAGGACCUCAUUGCCGUGUUCCGCCCGGCCGAGGAAACGGAUCCCAUGGGCGCCAGAUGGCGGGUCGGCUUUGAUUUUGUCCUGGCCGAGGCGGCUUGA